CCAAGUCCUUUGAAAGUUUGGAAGAAAUCAUUCCUAUUUUCAGCUCUGUAUGCUGCCUUUAUAUUUGGUGGUCGGCACCUAAUGAACAAACGAGCAAAAUUUGAACUGAGGAAACCACUAGUGCUCUGGUCCCUGAGCCUUGCCGUCUUCAGUAUAUUUGGUGCUGUUCGAACUGGUGCUUAUAUGCUGUACAUUUUGAUGACCAAAGGCCUGAAGCAGUCAGUGUGUGACCAGAGUUUUUACAUUGGACCUGUCAGCAAAUUCUGGGCAUAUGCAUUUGUGCUAAGCAAAGCACCUGAACUAGGUGAUACAAUAUUCAUUAUUCUUAGGAAACAGAAGCUCAUCUUCUUACACUGGUACCAUCACAUUACUGUGUUACUUUAUUCUUGGUACUCCUACAAGGACAUGGUGGCUGGCGGUGGCUGGUUCAUGACUAUGAACUAUGGAGUACACGCCGUUAUGUACUCUUACUAUGCCUUGCGGGCUGCUGGCUUCAGAGUCUCACGCAAGUUUGCCAUGUUCAUCACCUUGUCGCAGAUCACUCAGAUGUUGAUCGGUUGUGUGAUCAAUUACCUGGUCUUCUCCUGGAUGCAGCAGGGCCAGUGCCAUUCCCACGUGCAGAACAUCAUCUGGUCCUCUCUCAUGUACCUCAGCUACUUUGUGCUCUUCUGCCAUUUUUUCUUUGAGGCCUAUAUUGGCAAAACCAGAAAAGAAAGGAAGGUUGACUAGUGGUAGAAAUGAGAAUCCAUAGCUCAGGGUCAUCAAGAAAAACAAACUUAUAAGAAAAGAAAAUGGCACAAGGAAACACAUAUAUGUAUGGUGCAGCUAAAACUUGGCAGCUUAGGGAAAGUUAGCUUGGUUUAACCCAGUAAGUUUAUGAUCCUAUCAUGGUGAGGACUCACUGAAUUCUACUCUAUCUCAAAGGACUGCUGAUGAAAGACAACUUCCUUCUUGUACCUGUCUGCUCUAGAAAAGAAAGAAGAAAAGAGAAAAAUGGAAAGAAAAAAAAAGAAAAGAGAAGGAAAGAGAAGAGAAAAGGAAUAAUGAUGAGGGGGGGAAAAAAGUACAUUAAAUAAUCAGUGUGUUUCCCCAGGGAGAAGCAGAGACUUUUAUUUAAAGGAAAAAAAAAAAGUUUCUAAAUCCUUUCUAAUAAUUUUGCAGCAUUAAACUUGAACAAAACAAAGCAGAGAGGUGACAAAAAAACAAAAUCUAUGAUAACAGUAAGAUUGCAAAAUUAAAAUCUUUUCCAUAGAAGGUCAAUACCUUUAGCCAAAAUGAAACCCAGGAGGAUGUUUCCUGCAUGGAAAGUGGCUGAACUCCACACUGUGGUCAUGAAUGGAAAAGAGAAGAGAUUGAUUUCUCCGCUAUGUACUCUGCUGGGGGAGCAGAUCUGGGAUGCAGAGUCACCUCCCUCAGAAGGCAGAAUGGAGCAGUACUUUUACAAGAGUUUAAUGUGAAAAGAUGCACUAUUGCAAUACAUAUCUCAGAGAGUGCAUUUUCCAAGUGCAUUUUUCAAUUAAAGGCAAGGAAUUUCUGCAGCAGGAUAAGUCAUAGAGGGUUAAAUCAAUCAAUAUUUGCUAAAUUACCAGGGGCUAAUAGGAAGGAGAGGGAGACAACUCCCCUCACGUGAUUUUUAGGAAUUACCUGUUAAUCUCAGUUUCACCUGCAGCAACACUGAAUUGAAUGGGGGAAAUCAGAAGAAAUCCUAGUUAGCAAGAAGGGAGUGAUAUAUCUGCACACUGUUUUCAGAACAGAGCCCUCUGGUACAAUACGGAUUCUGUAUUUUUGUGGACACAUGGACACCUGCCUGGGUGGGAAGAGGUGGCAGGACCGUGUGACAUUGGGUAACACUGUGCUUCUGCAUCUGCCUCCUGGGCAGUGCAAAGAUGUUCAAAGUGCCCUCCUCUGGUCAUGUGGAGAUACUACUACAAAACAUACUUGGAAUAGGUUUUUCUUGAGAUUUGUAUAGAAAAAAUUAGCCUAAACGAGUAAUUUUGCUGCAGCAGCUUAACUCUAAAGUCCAGAGAGAAUUAUCCUUCAUUAAAUAUCUCUCUCUCUCUCUGCAGAAUCUGUACUGUAACAUCAGACUGACCACUUAAGAAGACACUCUUUCUUCUCUGAAGUCAGCUACAGAUAUAAGGAGAAAUGUAUUUCACUCUGAACCUUAGAGAGCUAGUUGAGAACAGCCAUAUUCUUUCAAACACAAGUAGAUUGCUUUAUCUGUGAUAUUCCAGUCCUUACAAAGCCAAAUAAAAUGUGUAAAAGUUCCUAGUAUUUCAAAGACGCAAGUAUGUAAACUUGAUGUUAAAUGUGUUAAUGUAGUAUUCUAAAUUGUAUCAGUUAGGUAGUUUAACUAAACAAUUAGAAGAACUAGAUCAACAAAAUAGGGACUGCUGUUCUGCAUAGGAUAUACACACACCUAUAACUACACCCAUAUACACAUUCUGUGAAUUGUCAACAAGAAAAAAAAAUGCCCAGUGGCAGAGAAUCACGUUUCCUGGCUAAUGCAAAGAUUGUCAUUAUCUUUCUUGCUUUAAUUUGAGAUUGUACAGUACAAAGGGUUUUUUUUUUAAUUCUUAUUUUUAGCUUUAAUUGUGCUGUCAUUCAUGAAACAGCUGCUUUAGUAUCCUGUUAAGAGAUGACAAGGGCUUUCGGUGUCUCAUAUACAAAAGAAAAACAAAUAAAGUUACAUUCCAUGUUAUGUGAAUGGUCUUACAAAUCAAAAAGCCUUUGCAGGCUAAAAUCAUAAUUAUAACAACAAGAAAAUGAGUUUACAUUUGUGUUAUUUAAGUUAUUGAUGUGCUGAUGUUAUUUUAUGGUACACAACAAAUAGCAAAAUGUGAUAUUCAGUAAUGAAGCUAUGAUAUUCAUUAAUAGGACUACUGUAUACGUGGAAAUACUAGACAAAACCAAUUAAAUGUGUAAACUAUUUUGUUAUACAGCUUGGGAGUAGAUAAUUAUAAUGCUGAAUAAGCCUUUUUCCUCAUGCUUAAUUUUGCCCUGGCUAAGAAGCAGGUUAAGAAGACCAGUUAAGAGUGGAGAAGGCAAAGUUAAAGUUGACUGCAAUUAGAUGAGAAGCGUUGGUAGAAGGCCACCAUCGUGCCAUUUAGACCCUCAGUCCUGUGUGUCGUAGGUCUCUCAAAUAAAGCAAGAGGGGCUGGAAGUGGUCUGAUGUCUGGAGCUAAAGCUGGAACAGAAACCUUGAACCCUGUGAAGUCAGUGGAGGCUUUGCUCUGCUUUGAACAGAGCUGGUGAGUCCGACUGCUGUUUAUUUGAGCAGGGGGGAAGGAACUGCACACAUCUCCUGCUAAUUGGAAGCUUAUGGCUAAUGACUUACAAAUCCCAUAAUCUUUAUCAAUAAGAAGUGACACCACAGCGAGUCAAGGACUUGCAGCCUAAGUUUAACACUGGCAGAAAACAGGGUGGGUUGCUAACAACUUGCUAUGUUUCAUACACUGUUUUCCUUAAUUGCAUGAGAGAAAUAAAACCCACACCUGGCAAUGCCAACACUGACUUCAGCGGAGCAAGAGUUUCACCCACUCUGACCCCAUCAUCCCAAGGCUCUCGUGGGUACCUCGGCACCAUUCCCAGCACCUGCUCCCCGACGUGCCCGCUGCCCCAUCGGCCAGGGCUGGGCAGGCAAGGGCCGCCUUCCACACUCCAUGGGUGAGAACUCUGCACUCCAGUGCAGAAACCAGCCCUAGUGACCUCCCCAAAAUGCAGGGUGGGUGCACCCCUGGCAUGCAGGGAGGCUCAACAUUGAAUUCAGUGGGCGUCCUGGCAGGUGACUAGGCUGCAAGUGAGCACGUGUGCAGGGAAGGGGCAGCAGAAUCAGGCACGUAAGGGACAGUGGUAAAUCAGGGUACAUUUAUUGUCACACUGGAAAUUGGCUGGAAAUGGCAGCGUGAUGCUGCCAUUUGCUUCAGGACAUGAUGUAUCACAUGUAACACAGGUCCUGUGGCCCUACUAUACCAUUGGGCUUUUCCUCUGAGGUUUUCCAGUGGAGUCAAAUGCGGUAACUGACAUUAAAGAAAUUGAGGAUAAGACCAAAUCAACUUAAACUGUUUUGCUUUUUUUUCUUCCUAAAACACUCAUGAUAUUUAAGCAUCACAUUUAACCCACUCCCAUGUACUUAAACACUGAGACAGUCAACCCUAAUGUAAUGACACCUCAACGAUACUCCAGCUGUCCCAACCUAUGAGCCAUAAGCUAUAAACACAGUUAGCUGAAUCCUAUUAAUUUCCCCUGGUUUCAGCCUUAGGGUCACACUUGCAAGUUUUAUUGUCCACUACCGAACUCUUUUUUCCUAAUUAUUUUGAAUAAAGCUGUAAUUAUGUUGCAUUCACUGACAUCAUGGGCAACUGGAACUUUGUAUAAAUUACCAAGUAUUAUGGGACCUGUGACGACCACCACAAAUGCUGGAAAUGCUGUUACAGGAUUCACUGUUAAAGUCAGUAAAGUUACACUGGUGAUAAGGUCUGUCUGCCAAGGUCAAAGUUUGUGUUUUAUGUUUUGACGCAUUAAUCCAAUGUACUGAAAUAAAACCAGAAAGGUUGGUAUGGAUUUACACUUAGGCAGCUGCUAGCAGAGAAAGGUUCUUGCUGGACACUACUUCUGUGUAGUGAAGGCUUUAAGAAAAAUAUUUUUGUCUAGUUAGCAGAAGAACAAAAACUUGGGUAAUUCUGCAGCCUCUUUAAAUUGUGCCUGUAAUGAGAGGGAAAACUUGUGCUUACAGUCCUUCUGUAACUCAGUCACAAAUUAGUUAUGUCUGGGCUCACUGAUAACACCCAAGAGUGGCUGGCUCCAAAAGAGACCUCUCACCAGAAUCUCACAGUAAACUAAUACAACCUUUUACUUACAAGAUAAGGGCCAAAGCGUGCAAAAGGAACCACCUGACAGAACCAUGUUGGGUAGUAGGAAUACAGUAUCGAGCACAAAUUGAGACAAGAAGGGAGAAAACCUAUCCUGUAUCCCAGGAGAAAGUAUUUCCAGGCUGAAUGCUAUCUCCUUCCUAAGACAAGGAAAAGAAUAGCAGGCGGAGGGUGUGCUGCGUAGUGCCAGGCACUCAGGGUGGUGUGUCUGGUGGAAUAAGGCUUGCGUGAAGGGGUUCCUCCCGCAGAAGUUAAUUAUGCAGUGGCUCCCUGAGUGCAAGUGUGGGUCUGUGGAUUUCUUUGGAGGAACAUCCAUGGUCUAAUAACUUGUGAACUUUAAGGCAUGGGUGUGUAUCGUUUUUAUUUCCUGAAAAUAAAAACCCGGGACAAUGUUUUACUGAGAGCAAUGGUACCUCAGGGAUCAAUAUUCAUGUGGUUUUCGGGCAACAAAGCGCAUAAGACACCAACUGUUGUGACUGUGAAACAGCAGCCUUUGUAAGCAGUGCCAGAUAUAACAUUAGAGCAGUAAUAUCUCUAGUAGUUGCAGUCUAUCCUGUACUUCAGGAACAAAAGUAUAACAUGUUUAUAUAGCAAUCGUUAAUACAGACAUACUUUAAGGAAUAAAAAUGGCUUUGAUCAAAGAAGAAAUCAAAGCAAAUUGCAGACCAUACCAUGUAAGUUCAGGACUUUGCCCAGUGCCUCCUGGGAGUGAGAUUGCCAGUGAGAUGUCCCAUGACUUCAGCCUGCUGCAGCCCAGUUGCAGAGGGCGGUGCAAGACCUAAAUCCCCCUGUUACUUAGUGGUGACAUGAACCCACUCGGGGCAUCACUUAGGCCCUGAUACAGGUCUUCAGUCACAUUUUCCAGCCUAGUGUCAGGGAGCCCUCUGAAAGGGAAGAAUUGCAACUCAGUUCUGUCAGUGGGUUUCUACUGGUUUAUUUCAAUGCACUUUUCAUUCUGUUUAUUAAAAGCAAGCUAAAGGCCAAGUCCCUGAUCCUGCCAUAAUAAACACCCUGCUGCAGUCAGUACAGCGAUGCACAGACACAUAACUCUUUUGCUUAUGGGGUAAAGGCAGGAUCAGUGCCUUGUUACAGACUUAAUUUCUAGCAGAGCAAAUACCACAGGGUAGGAUUUGAUUUCUUAAAUUAAACCAACUGUACCAACACAAAUAAGAUCGGAUCUGUACAAGAACUUGACAGCUAAGGUGAACCAGGGCCCUCCCCAGUACAUCAUAAAGCUCAAUAAAAUGCUGCAUGAAGUGGGGUUAGAGUGUAUUUCCCAAAGGGUAAAAAAUAAUACUCGCCUGAAACAGUGACCUUCCUGAGAAGUCUCACUUCUGUCCAGCCCUGGACAGCUUCAAACAGGCCUGUCGGCUGAAAAAACACAGCUCUGAUUGACUUAUCUGCUUUCUCAAAAGAGCCACUACAUGCUUCAGGCUUUUUGAAGCCUUAAAGUGCAAGCUAGAUUUAUAUUCAGAAAAAAAAACAAAACCAACCUUAAAUAUGUGUACAAUAACUAGGAGAGAAUAGUAUGAGAAAUAUGUUUAUUUUACCAUUUUCAAAUGGCUAUUUCACUACAUAAAAGGAAGUUUUUAUUUUUAUUUUUUGGGGGUAUAUUGAUAUUCCAAAUAAAAUUUUAACUUUUGGUUCAAAAUAAAA